UGGUGGAAAGAAGUGGACAAAAGGAAAAAAAAAAAAAUCCAUCUAGAAAUCUCUUUGUUCUUGACAGAAACAAAUCAAAAAAAAUAAAAAUGGCACUCAAUUCCAUCUCAUUACUUCCCAUAAAAUCCAUCAACAUCUCUUCCUCAUCUACUUGUUAUUAUAAAAUUUUUAUUCCUCAAAAAUCUUCCAAAAUAGUUUGUCAAAUGGAAAAGUCAAAUUCAAAUAGAGAAGUAAAGAAGUGGAAGGCCAUAGUUUCCACUGCAUUAGCAGCUGCAGUGAUUACAUUUAGCUCAAACAUGACUGCUAUGGCUGACUUGAAUAAGUUUGAGGCAGAAACAAGGGGUGAAUUUGGUAUUGGUUCUGCUGCUCAAUUUGGUUCUGCAGACCUAAAGAAGACAGUUCAUACAAAUGAGAACUUCAGAAGAGCCAAUUUCACAUCUGCUGAUAUGAGGGAAUCGGAUUUCAGUGGUUCAACGUUCAAUGGUGCAUACCUAGAGAAAGCAGUUGCGUAUAAAGCGAACUUCUCAGGUGCAGAUUUGAGUGACACAUUGAUGGAUCGGAUGGUACUUAAUGAAGCUAAUCUCACUAAUGCUGUUCUUGUUCGAUCUGUUUUGACUCGGAGUGACCUUGGGGGUGCCAUCAUUGAAGGUGCUGAUUUCAGUGAUGCUGUUAUAGACCUCCUGCAGAAACAGGCACUUUGCAAGUAUGCUAGUGGGACUAACCCUGUGACAGGGGUUAGCACCAGAAAGAGUCUAGGCUGUGGGAAUAGCAGACGAAAUGCAUAUGGAAGUCCAUCGUCUCCUCUGCUUAGCGCUCCACCUCAGCAGUUGCUCGAUCGUGAUGGAUUUUGUGAUCCAGCCACUGGCCUCUGUGAAGCAAGCUGAAAAAAGCAUCCAUGUACAUAAAUAUAUGAAGAAAGCAAAGAGUUCUGGCAUCUCCUUCAAAUUAUGUGCGCAUAGUUUAACUCAGGCAGAAAACAUAAGCUACAUCUUGAGCAUUGUUGGUUCAAUUAUGUUUCAUGUGUGCAAAAAUCUGAAUACAAAUUCUUGAAACAUCAAUAUUUGUUGAUGUCUUGAUGAUAUAUUUGCUUUGAACAAUCUUAUUAGUUUUUCUUGCAGC